AUGGCCUUCAACUUCAACUGGUCGCCGCUUACUGCCGACGCCGAGUUCUACAGCCGCGCGCGCGGUUUACUAACCAAAGCGCUGAACAAGCCGCCUAAACCGCCCAUCAUCGUCGACGACAUCUUCGUCAGCGAGCUGAACUUGGGAACCGUGCCUCCCGACUUGGAGAUCCUCGAAAUCGGGGACCUCGCCGAAGAUCGCUUCCGGGGCAUUUUCAAGAUGUGCUACUCCGGCGAUGCUUUCCUGACGCUGAAAACAAGGGUACAAGCAAAUCCUUUAAACACCUACCUCUACUCAAAGCCGGCUUUCACAUCGCCUCGGCCUCUUGCCGCAGCCUCGGGGCUCACAAUUCCCCUCUCUAUAACACUAUCGGAUUUCAAACUCUCCGCCUUCAUCAUACUCGUAUUUUCCAAGCAAAAAGGCUUGACCUUGGUGUUUCGCAAUGAUCCGCUCGAGUCGCUCAAGGUUUCGUCGACAUUCGAUUCGAUACAGUUCGUCCGCGACUACUUGCAACGGACAAUCGAAGAACAGCUUCGAAACCUGAUGAUGGAGGAGCUUCCCGCCAUCAUCCACCGACUGUCUUUGGAGCUGUGGUGUCCAGACCAGGCAAACAAGAGUGCCCAGACUCCUCAAGAUGAUGCUGACGAGAAAGGCGUUGAUCCCUUUGCAAGUCCACCUUUGGACCCUGUCGACGCAAAUGGUAAUCUCUUGGAUUACAAUGCGAUCUCCGAGUUGGCUCUCAAUGGCGGCGGUGAGGCGCAAUCCCUAUUCUCGCAGAAGAACCUGUUGCGCCUGGCUACACUGACCGACUCUCACCGUACACUGUCGCUGUUCACACCUGGCAUCAAGGAUGUCGUUUUCCGUGCCUGGUCCGGCCAUGGAGACCGAUCCGAAGCUGCCAGCCCACCGUUCGCUACCCCCAGUCUCGCAAAAACGUACUCCCUAUCGGCCGACGGGAGCACAACCUACACUUUUUCCGACUCGGGUAGCACAACCCUCGGAUAUUUCCCGUCGAAGCCGUCCCUCGCCAACCUGGCCUCUGCCACCAACGGAGUGGCCAACACUGCCGGCCAUCGCUCUCGUCCCGGUCGAAAGAAAAAGACCCGGAUCAUCGAUUUACGUCGAGCCAAAGCAGAGAAGCCCUGCUCAGACGCGCCUUCUGAGGAUGUCUCAGACACGACUUCCGUCAAUAUCCCCCCAUCGGAACCUGCAGCGUCCAUGUCCAUCCCCGAGCAGCCAGUUGCUCCGGAAGACGUGACUGGUAAGGAUGGGCCCGCUGGAAAAGUUCGCUUCCAACACCCGCGCCUGGACCAUACUGCGCCUCUUCGCCGGACGCUCAUGUCUGACCUGUGCAACAACAACAACAACAACAACAACAACAACAACAACAACAACAACAACAACAACAACAACAACAAGUCUGAACAUGUGACGUCCACUCGCGAAGCUUCACAAACGGCUCAGCCACCUGCCAGGUGUGACCUGGAGGGGAAAAAGACAGCCCCGGACAAGAACGGCAAAGCCAUUCGCGAGCCAUUCCAAGGCUGCGGCGGCUCCGACACUUCAUCCGUCAUCCUCGAACAAGCAUGGAUCAUGAAAAUGGCGGGCGAGAUUGCCAGGCGUGUCUACGACGAGAAGCGUCGACAGCAUAGCGGCCUCUGGGAAGAGUCGGAGCCGACUCCGCCGCCAGCCUACGAGGCGGCAACCCACUGA